CUUUUAGAAUUUGUCUAGCAGGUUUUCCGGUUUUUACCGGAAGACCCCCUCCACAGUACGUUUUUAACAAUAGAGCUACUUCGGUUCUAGGAGCGGUUUUCGUUUUUAGAUUUUUUUCUUUUACCACCCCCCCCCCCCCCAACGGCAUCGAGUCCAGUUGGGUCAUCUCUCGUUUUAAGGCAUUUUGGCGUUUAGUAUUUCGCUGCACCGCGAGGCUUCCGGCUGCCGCUGAUGCUGCUUCCCUUCCACCCCCGUCAGUUUCGAGAGUCGCUCUAGCAGGCUGAUCGUUUUUUCCGUGCAUUUCCUUGGUUCGGCUGCACGUGCAGCUUUUGUUACCCUAUGGCGUCCGCCUCGGCCCAACCUGCGGCCCUGAGUGCCGAGCAAGCCAAGGUGGUCCUGGCCGAGGUCAUCCAGGCGUUCUCGGCCCCGGAGAACGCCGUGCGCAUGGACGAGGCUCGGGACAACGCGUGCAACGACAUGGGCAAAAUGCUGCAAUUCGUGCUGCCCGUGGCCACGCAGAUUCAGCAGGAGGUUAUCAAGGCCUAUGGCUUCAGCUGCGACGGGGAAGGUGUCCUUAAGUUUGCCCGCUUGGUCAAGUCUUAUGAAGCCCAGGAUCCCGAGAUUGCCAGCUUGUCGGGCAAGCUGAAGGCGUUGUUCCUGCCACCCAUGACAUUGCCGCCCCACGGGCCUGCUCCCGGUGGCAGCGUGGCUGCCUCCUGAGGGUCGGCCCUCCCCUGGGACACUGCCCAGGAAGGGAAGACCUCGAUGUUCCAGAGGAUAAUAAACAUGCCUGUGACUUA